CAGGAGCCAAGCAGCAGGACCUCCGGCUCAUCUCCACUCCUGGCUCCUGUUGCUGCUGCUGCAGCGCCGUCUCUGUGCUGUACUCGGGACAUCGCCACCGACUCACCGCCUGCUGGCUGAUCUCCCACCAAACGAUUCCUGGACCAUGCUAGAGACACACGCCUCCCUUGCCUGACCCCGUAGCCAUGUCAACUCUGUCGUCCAGCAGCAGGGACCCGACCCGCGCACGGAGGACCCCCUCCGACCUGCCUGCCCCCCUAAGCAGCAGAACAAGCAGGCAUGAAAGAGAAUCAAAGUUAGACUCUUCAGCCAGUGGAGCCGGACGGGCCACUCCUCUCUCUUCUCGAAGGGACAACACCGCAAGGGGAGCGGGCCAGGCUGCGGAUGACACCAACCCUAAGGACUACAAGAAGAUGUACGAGCAGGCUUUACAGACCAAUGAGAAACUGAAGACCAGGUUGGAGGACAGCAGAAAAGAGCUGGCAAGGAUCCAGGCCCGACUGGAGAGGGCCACACAGAAACAGGGUAAAAUAUCUGAGUCCAAGUCCAAUGUGAUGGAGACGCAGAAAAGGGAGAAGCACGUUCUGGAGAAAAAGAUAUCAGAGAUGGAGGAUGAGCUGAAGGUGAAGACUGAGCUGAAGAGUGAGAACCAGCGGCUCAAGGACGAGAACGGCGCCCUGAUCCGCGUUAUUAGCAAGUUAUCCAAAUAAAAACAAAGGAAACUAAACUAUGAAACCUUGAGACUCAAACCAGUUCUCUUGUGACUGCCUGAGGAGUUCCUACUGUCUAAAUAACUUAUAUAUGAAUAGACUUAUACAUAUAUAUAUAUAUAUAUAUAUAUAUAUAUAUAUAUAUAUAUAAAAUUAUGAAUAGAACACACGCACACAUACAAAAACCACUGUCUACACUUUGUGGUUUCAACUUCAGACCUGUCUUAAACAAGUGUAAUGUCUGUGGGGUCAUGGUUGUCUGACUCUACUGCCAUCUACUGUUGAAAUAUUAGUGUUGCUUCACAGUGUUUAGAAUGUAAUCAGCAGUAUUAGCAUAUGACUUUGCUUCAAAUUAUGGACAGUUGCUGUACUCAAAUUAAUUUUAGCUAUACACCUGCGUUAACUUGGAGUAAUGGGAUUGUGUCUACACUGGUAGUCUGAUUUGAGACACUGUUUUAACAGACACGUCAUGUAUGUCUGGUAGAAUACAAUGGCCAUCGUUUGCUGUACUGUAUUGCGUUCUUAGUCAUACUCACUUUUAUUUGAAGAUUUUUAUUUAAGAGUUACUGAAGAUUUGCAUGUGUUGUCUCAAUGCUGAUUCUGAACACAUUCCCACUGGUUUGAGCUAUGCUGUCUUAAUAUGAAAUGACUUUGUUUUUGUUUCUGUUAAUCAGAGAAAUCGUAUUUAUUACACAAAUGAAAUACUCA